AUGCUCUCUGCAACGGUAGCAGUUGCUCUUCUGAUCUCGGGGUGAGCCAUUCACACUUGCAUGCAUCCUCCGACACACUGCUGAUUCUUCAACAGCAGCACCAUUGCCCACUCUGCCCACUCUGCUUGCGAUUCGGUCGACAAGGGAUACCAAUGCCAACCGGAAAUCUCGCACUAUUGGUCAGUACCGAUCGCCAUCCAUCACUCGCUAGCGAUCUGAUGAUUUCGCAGGGGCCAGUACAGUCCCUGGUUCAGCGUAGACUCUGCCAUAUCCAAUGCCGUGCCACCGUCCUGUGCCAUCACCUUUGCCCAGGUACUCUCGCGCCACGGCGCCCGUGACCCUACAGCCUCGAAGACCAAGUCGUACAACGCCACGAUCCAGAAGAUCCACGCAAACGUGAAGAGCUAUCCAGGAAAAUAUGCCUUCCUUCAGAACUACCAGUACACUCUCGGAGCCGAUCAACUCACCACCUUCGGCCAGCAGGAAAUGAUUAACUCUGGCAUCAAGUUCUACCAACGCUACGAGAGGCUUGCGAAGCACUUGACCCCAUUUGUUCGAUCUUCUUCCGAGGAUCGUGUGGUUGAGUCUGCCCAGAACUUCACCCAAGGCUUCCACAGUGCAAGAAAGGCCGACCGAUUCCAUUCUGGUGGUGAUCAUGCCUACCCGUACCCGAUCGAGAUCAUCUCCGAGGCAGACGGCCAAAACAACACGUUAAACCACGACCUCUGCACCAGCUUCGAGAACGGACCAGACAGUGACAUUGCAUCAAACGCUCAGAAGACUUGGGCGAACGUGUUCGUCCCGCCAAUCCAGAAGCGUCUCAAUAGCGACCUUGCGGGGGCGAACCUCACCCAAACCGACGUCAUCUACGUGAUGGAUCUCUGCUCCUUCAACACCGUUGCAUCGCCGAAUGGCACCGUCUCCCCGUUCUGUGCGCUAUUUACCAAACAGGAGUGGCACCAGUACAACUACUACGAGACCUUGAACAAAUACUACGGCUACAGCUAUGGAAACCCACUGGGCCCAACGCAGGGCGUGGGUUACACCAACGAGCUGAUUGCGCGCCUGACCAACCGCCAUGUCCACGACGAGACCUCCACGAACCACACGCUGGACGAUGACCCGGCUACUUUCCCUCUGGGCCGUGUGCUGUACGCUGAUUUCAGCCACGAUAACGACAUGACUGCAAUCUUCUCCGCCAUGGGUCUCUAUAAUGGUACGAGUCCACUUUCCAACACCACCGUCACCGAAGCAGCAGCUGCAAAUGGAUACAGUGCUGCUUGGACCGUACCAUUUGCUGCCAGGGCCUAUUUCGAGAAGAUGGUCUGCCCUGGUAGUACAGAGGAGCUUGUUCGCAUAAUCAUCAAUGAUCGAGUACUGCCACUCCCCCAGUGCGGUGGUGAUAGCCUUGGGCGAUGCUCGUUGAGCAAGUUCGUUGACGGCUUGAGCUUUGCUAUGCGUGACGGCAAAUGGGAUCAGUGCUUCGUCUUUUGA